AUGAACGAUGAACAAAUUGUUUUGACAUUACCUGCUACACAAAGUGUGGAUGCAAUAUAUUUGACUCCACAAGAGUCAUCACAAGAGAAAACCACGACUGUAUGGGGCAGAUUAUGUCCUAUCAAAUUACCUUUUAAGACAAUGGAAAUGACCAAAGAUGUUUAUACUCUUGGUCGAGCAGAAUCCUGUGAUAUUUGUGUUACUAGCAAUGAAUUAAAACCAAAAUGGCUUAGCGUAAUGAGUAAGAUACACUUUAAAAUAACUAGAGAAUAUAUUGGUAAUGGUAAUGAUGCCAUAGUAUAUUUAGAAGACUUAAGCCAAAAUGGAACUUUUGUUAAUAAAAAAAAAAUAGGCCGUGGGAAUAAGAUAAUACUCGAAAGUAACGAUAUAAUAUCUUUAGCACAACCUGUAGUCACUGUUUAUAUAUUCAUGAGUACUACAGCAUGUGAAAGCAACAAUCUUCCUCCAGAACUCAAAGAUAAAUAUACAGUGUCAUGUAAAUUAGGAUCUGGGGCAUGUGGAGAAGUGAAUAUGGUAUUUAAUAAAAUAGGUUGUCAAAAAUUUGCUAUGAAAACUAUUAUGAAAAUAGGUGGCACAACAAAUGGACAAAAGCAUCCGUUAAAUGAUCCUGAGAAAAUUAUGAAUGAAGUUAAAAUAUUAAAAGCCUUGAAACAUCCUUGCAUAAUUCGAAUGGUAGAAAUUGUAGAUACCCCAAAAGCAGUAUACAUAGUUUUGGAAUUAAUGGAAGGUGGUGAACUUUUUGAAAGAAUAAGAAGCAGGGGAAGAUUAUCAGAGAAACAUGCAAAAUUGAUUUUUUAUCAAGUUGUAUUAGCUGUUAGUUAUCUACAUGAUUGUGGUAUAACUCAUAGAGAUUUAAAGCCAGAAAACAUAUUAUUAGCUAGCAAUUCAGAUGUUACAUUAGCAAAGGUAUCAGACUUUGGUUUAUCAAAGUUAGUUGAUGCACAAACUAUGAUGAAGACAUUUUGUGGGACCCCUAUGUAUGUUGCACCUGAGAUAUUGUCUACUAUUGGACGUGGUUCUUACACGAAUCAAGUUGAUGUAUGGAGUUUGGGAGUAAUAUUGUAUGCUUGUUUAAGUGGUUCAGUACCUUUUAAUUGUUACGACAAGAAUAUGAGUUUGCAAGAUCAAAUAAAGUGUGGACGUUAUGGUUUUCCUCCUUCCAAAUUUGGACAUGUAACAAACAAAGCUAUAGAUCUGAUUAAGAGUAUGAUGACAGUAAAUCCGAGAAAAAGGAUUACAAUCAAACAAGUUCUAUUGCAUCCUUGGUUACAAGAUCGUGAACUUCGAGAGACUGUUGAUACCUUAUUAUCGAAAGAAAAUGACGAAAACGUAGCGCCGCAUAAUAUUUCCAGUAACACUCAAUACAAGAAUGAACAACAUCACAAUUUAAUUAAAAGAGCGAGGUUACAUCUAUAAUUAUGUUACUUCCCUCUAGUUCUAGAUAAUAUCAUUAUUUAAAAAAUCAUUGACCUCUAAUCUAUUUGUUCUAUUUAUUAUUUAUCAUAUAAAUUGACUAAUUAGUCGACAAAAGUUGUCCACAUUUAUACAUAACACGAAAGACCAACUUCAAUUAUUUUCAUUAGGUUAAUAAAGAAGAACAAAUUAAAA